AUGGAGAGGCUGGCAAACCUUGGCUCCAUUGGGAAGAAACGCCCUAAUCCAGAAUCCAAAAAUACGCCCCCACCAUCCCCUAGGUACACGGAGUUUGCUUUGCAAGUGGGAAUGGCUCUCCAGGCUGCUUCUUUGGUUUCCUCUGCUUGUGCUGUCCCCAGAGAGGGAAAAUCUAGUGCGUCUUUGAAGGAGUCAAGCUUCUUUGGAUUUUCACUCUCAGACCAUGUCAAAGCUGACUUUAGCUCUUCUGCAUUGAAGUGCAAGAGGGAAUUCAACCAAAGAGUUGGGGCUGUAAGAGCCCAGACAACGGCCACUGCAGCUCCAGCAGUCAACAUGGCUUCCUCAGAAGGCAAGAAAACUCUUAGACAGGGAUGUUGCAUUGUUACUGGUGCCUCCUCCGGAUUAGGUCUAGCAACAGCUAAGGCUCUAGCUGACACUGGAAAGUGGCACAUAAUUAUGGCCUGCAGGGACUUCCUCAAGGCAGAAAGGGCUGCUAAAUCAGCUGGCAUUGCCAAAGGAAACUACACCAUUAUGCAUCUGGACCUUGCUUCACUUGACAGCGUCCGCCAAUUUGUGGAUACCUUCAGGCGAUCAGGGAGGCCACUUGAUGUGCUAGUUUGCAAUGCUGCUGUUUACCUGCCAACUGCGAAGGAGCCUACAUUCACUGCUGAAGGAUUUGAACUUAGUGUCGGAACCAACCAUCUGGGUCAUUUCCUCCUUUCAAGAUUGUUGCUUGAGGACAUGAAGAAAUCUGAUUACCCAUCAAAACGCCUCAUAAUUGUUGGCUCAAUUACAGGGAACACAAAUACUUUGGCUGGCAAUGUUCCUCCUAAGGCCAAUCUUGGUGACUUGAGGGGACUUGCAGGGGGUUUGAAUGGGCUAAACAGUUCAUCCAUGAUUGAUGGUGGUGAAUUUGAUGGUGCCAAAGCCUACAAGGACAGCAAGGUCUGCAACAUGCUCACCAUGCAAGAGUUCCACAGACGUUUCCAUGAAGAAACUGGGAUUGCAUUUGCUUCCCUUUACCCCGGUUGCAUUGCCACAACUGGCUUGUUCAGGGAGCACAUUCCCUUGUUCAGGCUUCUAUUCCCUCCGUUCCAAAAGUACAUCACUAAGGGCUUCGUCUCCGAGGAAGAAUCUGGAAAAAGACUUGCUCAGGUUGCGAGCGAUCCAAGCUUGACAAAGUCAGGGGUAUACUGGAGCUGGAACAAGGACUCCGCUUCAUUUGAGAACCAGUUGUCUCAAGAAGCUAGCGAUGCAGAGAAGGCUCGUAAAGUAUGGGAGGUUAGCGAGAAACUCGUUGGUUUGGCCUAA